UGUCAAAAUAUUUAAUGACGCAGCUCUUCCGCUUGUAAUUUUUUUUUACCGUUUGACUGACACUUCCUCAGCGACCUGCGAUUGUGUCACCGCGUGGUUUGGUGUGAUUAUUCCAGUUUCAUUCUCACAAGUUUCCUUAAAAUGGCCAUCCACAUCAAAGACGCCGACGACCUGAAGACCAGGCUGUCCGAGGCCGGCGACAAGCUGGUGGUCAUCGAUUUCAUGGCCACCUGGUGCGGGCCCUGCAAGAUGAUCGGGCCUAAACUAGAGGAGCUGGCCAACGAGAUGGCCGAUUCGCUGGUCGUGCUUAAGGUGGACGUAGACGAGAAUGAGGAGAUCGCCGCCGAAUACAACGUCAACUCCAUGCCCACCUUCGUCUUCUUGAAGAACUCCAAGAAACUGGAAGAGUUCUCCGGCGCCAACGUCGACAAACUCAAGAACACCAUCCUCAAGCUGAAGUAGAGCGGCGGCAACGGACUGUGUACUCGGGGGUAGGGUUAGACCAAAAACUACAGCAAAUACAAAGCUUUUAUAAAGAUUAUAUAGCGCAAAUCGUAAUAAAAACGCGAGGUCUUGAACUUUUGAACGCCAAAAACAUCUAAAGGCGCCGUAACUAGUCGUGCCCACAUCGCCAUGAACACGUCAUGUAAGAAACUACAAGUUUAAAGACAAAUAACACGUUCUUAUAAAGAUAUAUCCGGAGCAAAUCGUAAUAAUAGCGAGGUCUUAACCUUUUGAACGCUAAGAACACCUAAAGGCGCCGUAACUAGUCGUGCCCACAUCGCCAUGAACACGUCAUGUAAGAAACUACAGGUUUAAAGACAAAUAACACGUUCUUAUAAAGAUAUAUCCGGAGCAAAUCGUAAUAAUAGAGCGAGAUCUUAAUCUUUUGAACGCCAAGAACACCUAAAGACGCCGUAACUAGUCGUGGCCACAGCGCCAUGAACACAUAAGUGUCAUACACAUAUUGCUGUCAAAGUAACCUUCACACUUUCAAGUAUGGUUUACAGUUUACACUUGCUCGCUUGCGCCCGUGACCUUGGCGUGUGAGUGACGUUUUUGUUUAUGGCAUUAAGCGUUCAAAAGGUUAAGGGAUUGCUUAAACUUCAGAAAAGAUGACCCAUGCUGCCGUGAUUCGGGUGGAUGAGCGGGUUUAGGCAUAUGCCGCGAAUGUACGCAGUAUCGAUUCCACUUUUUGUCGUAUAUGACAUAUUUCAGUUAAAAAAAGUUUUUCGAGGAUACCUAAUACGUUCAGAGCUUCGUGCCUACUAAUGUCUGGUUGCAUUUAAUACUGUUUAGUACGUACAUAUUGUGAAAAAUGUUUGAACGAGCUAUGUAGUUCAAAAUUAAUUAACGUGCAUUUUUUGUCAGGAUCGCAUCAUUCUGAAUCUUCUAAAAGGCAUAACAUUCCAUUUAAUGCCACUCAAAUAAGCUCUAAACCAAUGGGCUAAAGGUCUAACCCUACGAACGAGGAUGUAACCAUCCUAUAUGCACUAGAGGCCCCAAAAGAUUUUAUUUAUUUAAAAAGGUCACAAUCUCUGGUAGAUUCAGCUUUUUGGUGUGAUUUUUUGCGCAUAAUAUUUUUUUUUAGUUUUCACUGAUAUAAUUAUAUAUGCCGAAAGUGUCUUAAGCUAGCACAAGAUGGGGUACGAUGGUCCGUUAUGUCGCAUUUUGCGUACUUAUGUUACAUUACAAAGUAUUGUUAUUAUCAAUAAAUAAUCGUGAAGACA